AUGUCUUCACCGAAAGGAACUAUUACGUUUGGGCAAUGGGUAAAGCACGUGCAAUAUGAAAUGAAAAAUGUGCAAAAUUUAUCUAAGAAUGCCUGUGCUCACAGAACUAAAAUUAGCUAUUUAUGCAAUCAGCUUGCUAAUUUUUCAAAAACAAUCAGUAGCUUCUCGAUGGAUCCUCGAGUUAUGCCAGAUGAUGACACUGCAGAGUUCCAAAACUUAAUUCAAAUACUUUCUCGCUUCUCAGAUUUAAUUCAAAAGCAAUCAGAAAAGUACUGGAUGGAUUUCUUCCUCGAGCACGAUAUUAACUAUAUUACAGAUGAACUAAAUAAAAUCAUUGCAAGUUUUAACAAAUCCGUCAUAAAACUUAAAUUAACGGAUACACCACCUUUAUCAUGGACAGAAUUCCAAGAAAAGUCAAACAACGUCCACGAUUUUGGCAUUCUUCGUCAACUAUUGGAAAAUAGCGAUCUACCAGACAAAGAAACGAAACUUCGCGAAGUAAAUGAUCUCCGUGUCCAACUUGCAGACGAAAUUGGUAUCGAUAAUCCAAAGUCUAAAAUCCUCGGACUUCAAGAAAUACAGAAAGGACUCGCAUCCAUUGAACAAUGGGAUAUCGAUCCGGCAGAUAUCAAAUUCCAAAAGAAAAUUGCAUCUGGCGGUUUCGGAGAUGUCUUCUUAGGUGUUAGAGUAUCCGAUGAUACAGUUGUUGCCGUCAAACGUUUACAUAAUCAACAAUUUGAUAAAGAAGGUCUCGAAAUGUUCAAAGGCGAAGUUGCCAUUUUAGCUCAUCUUCGUCAUUUCGCAAUUUUACCAUUUGUCGGAGCAUGUACAAAGCCACCUUUCUGCAUCAUUACAAAAUUCAUGAGCGGAGACUCAUUAUUUGCCCGUUUACAUGCCAAAGAUGCAAAUUCACGUCUUACUCCUACACAACUCUCCAUCAUUGCCCUUGGAGUUGCCUAUGGUAUGCAAUAUCUCCAUAGUCAGAACAUGGUUCAUCGCGAUCUGAAGUCAUUGAACAUUCUUUUGGAUGAGGACAACCUUCCUAAGAUCGCAGACUUCGGCAUGGCCCGAACAAAGACUUCUAAUAAUGAGAUGGUUUCGGGAGGCAUCGGAACUUCACAAUGGAUGGCUCCAGAAGUCCUUAUGUCGCAGAACUUCGAUGAAAAAUCCGAUGUAUACUCAUACGGCAUCAUUCUUUGGGAAAUGCUGACAGGAGAUGUACCUUACAGAGGCCUCAGAGACAUCCAAGUGGCCAUGACAGUUAUCAACCAAAACAAUCGUCCGAAAAUACCAAAAUCUUGUCCCCAGAAUUUGGCCAAGUUCAUCAGAUUGUGCUGGCACUCUGAUCCACAUAAAAGACCAGAUUUUACAACGAUUGUUCAGACUCUUGAGACAGGAACAAUCUGUUUCCCGAACACAGACAUUGAUGAACUCAAAGCUUACGUUGCACAGCACCAAAGCGAAUCGAACAACGAAGGAAACAGCCAGAACAGCAUCGAUAUCGAUCCAUUCGACAUGACAGAUGAAAAAAUCGAACUUUUGAUCAACGAAUUCAAAGAAGAAAACAAGAUUUUGCCACUUUUGAAUGCAGCAAAGCAUCCUGACAAUUUGAUGAGAAUCACUCAAUUCGAUUUCAUCCCCAUCCUCGAAGAGAAACUCAAGAACUGUCCUGAUAACAUCAGACAUUUAGUUAUAGAGUUAACCGCUUUAAUUAUGGUCGAUGAAUCGACUAGAGCGGCAUUUCUUGAGAGAAGUGGUUCUAAAAUAUUGUUGGAUACAUUGGCAAAACAUUCCGUUUCUUCUCUGAACAAAAUUGUCGAUUGUUUGUCAUUGGUCGUUGAUUCAGAACACAUCAUCUUUUCUGUCCAACAUUUGACAAAUUUGACACCUUUGUUGUUAAAUGUCGAUAACGCUGUCAGAUUGACAACUAUCAAACUUAUAAAGAAGAUCAUUGUCAAGCACUGUUUCGAUGAUGACUCCAUCUUCUCAGUAAUCAUUGAGAACUUACUGAGAAACACAGAACCAAGUAGUACAACGAAUAUUUUGAUUGAAGCUUUGGAUGUUUUGAUACAAAUCAUCGAAUUCGAAGCAGCAAAAGCCCAAUUAAGAUGCGUUGAAGGACCAGAUAGAAUCAUCGCAUUACUCAGUCUCCAGAACCAAGAUGUUUUACUGGAAUCAUUGAGAUUGUUACAAAGUCUUUUCGACGGAACAAUUCCUAAACAAAGAACAAUCAGUGAAUUCCUUGAUAAAUUCAUGAUGUUGUUAGAAACAAAGAAUCCAAACAUCCAACUCGAUGCAUUGAAUGCUAUUGCGACAUUGAUGGACAACACAUUAGUUUAUAAAGAAGUGUCUGCAAUCAAAUCAUUCAGUGAUUGCUUCGUUUCAUGCAUAAACAGUGAAGAUUUGACUGUCCAAGUUUCAGCACUUCGUAUCUGUUUUGCAUUUUGUGUUAAUAUCAUCACAGAAAAUGUUUUCGAACCAUUGUUGCCACAUUUGAUCAAAUUAAUGAUGAGAGAAACAUUUCCUGCCAUUCUUUCCUCGUAUUCUACUGCAGCAAUCAUUGCAAGCCAUGAUCCGCAGAAACUCCUCGAUGAAGAACAAAAAGAAGAGAUACACAGCUUCGUCGACAACGCUCUGACAUUGGAAUCCGAUCUAACUGAGCCAGCAAUUAGAAUUGUUGGUGUUUUGGCGUCAACAAUGAGCGGAUCCCAAAUUUUGGAGAAAUGGGGAACAAUGGAAAAAGUUGCAGAAUUAAUGGAUAAUGCCAACGACAUCUUCCCUCAUUUAGCUGUCAUGGCGAUGGCUUCUAUGUCCGCAACAUGCCCAGAUUCGAAUGUUAUGCAUGAAGCAAUUCCGAAAUUAAUAGGUGUUGUUAAGGACCCUAAUUAUGAAGGUUACCCCCUCAUUUGUUUGAGUAACAUCACUGUUGUUCCAAGGAAUGCAAGAGAAUGCGCCAAAUACAUCAAAACAAUCUUAGAAUGUUGUUUGAUGUAUCAAGAUGACAGAUUUGCUACACAAAGAAGUUUAGUAACUGUCUACAGAAUUGUUAUGACACCUGAUGUCGGAGAUUACUUGUUACAAGAUCCAGAAACAAUAGAAAUAUUCAUGGAAUGCGUGAAGACAUUGUGGGAUACUGAACAUGCUCCAAUUUUGUUCUCUAUCAUUGAGAAUUUGACUCAGAUUCCAAAUAUUUGCUCUUCAUUGAAGGAUUCAACGUUGGUACAGUUGAUUCAACAGAAUCUCGAUAAGUGCUCUAUCAAUGAUCAGAAUAGACCAAAGUUCAUUAGAAUUAGAGCUACUUUGAUGGCAAGUGCUUAA